UAAGCCCGUCUAGUCAGUCAGUCGUCGCUCAACCGUACGCCGUCGCACUAGUCGCUACCGUCGCAGUCGCGUCGCGUCGCCCGUGUGUUGGCCGAACGUAAUCAGUUGUGAUAUUUUACAGUAGUCGCGAUCCGACUAUCGAUAUAGACGCACGUUCACGUGUGUUCUGCACUUGUCAUAUUCGUAUUCGUAUUCGCGGACAUAUAAUAUUAUAUUAUACCUAAACAGCAGGUGAAUUCAAACGAUAUUGUAGCCGCAUCAUCCGCACUCCGACUUAACCAUGGCGGUUGUAUUAAACUCAAUUCAAGGAUUUUUUGACAACUAUGGAGACCCUCGUACCAAGGAUUGGUUUUUGAUGAGCAAUCCUCUACCCACGGCACUGAUAUGCGCCACAUACGUAUUCACCGUCAAAAUUGCAGGACCGCGAAUAAUGGCCAACCGCAAGCCCAUGGAAUUGAGAAACGUACUCAUCGCUUAUAAUCUUUUCCAAGUCAUAUUCAGUUCUUGGUUGUUCUAUGAGUGUAUGAUGGGCGGCUGGUGGGGUGAAUAUAGUCUCAGUUGCCAACCGGUAGAUUAUUCGGAUAAACCAUCCACAGUAAGACUUGGCAUAUCAGGUUGGCUGACUGGCAGGUAUAAUUUCCGGUGUGAGCCGGUAGAUUACUCGAAUCAUCCAAUGACCCUGCGGAUGGUAAACAUAUGUUGGUGGUAUUAUUUCUCAAAAUUCACAGAAUUCAUGGACACGAUAUUCUUUGUUCUCCGAAAAAAGGAUAGGCACAUUUCGACCCUGCAUGUGAUUCAUCAUGGAGUGAUGCCAAUGAGCGUAUGGUUCGGAGUUAAGUUCACACCAGGUGGUCACAGCACGUUCUUCGGAUUGUUGAACACGUUUGUGCAUAUUAUUAUGUACGCAUACUACUUGUUGGCUGCCCUGGGUCCCAAUGUACAAAAAUACUUAUGGUGGAAGAAGUACUUGACCACCCUGCAAAUGCUGCAAUUUUUGGCUAUUAUGCUGCAUGCAUUCCAACUUCUGUUCAUCGACUGCAACUACCCGAAGGCAUUUGUCUGGUGGAUCGGCAUGCACGCUGUCAUGUUCUUCUUCUUAUUCAAAGAGUUCUACAAGCAACAGUACACAAAACCGUCAAAACAAGCGGCCGGCGCUCCGUCCAAACCCUCGGUCAACGGCUCGUCCAAGUCGUCCAACGGCUACAGCAAACAAUCGGACUACUACAUAAACAGCAAUGGUCUGUCUAGGCCUGACCUAGUACACAGGGCUACGGCCGGAUCGCACUGACCGCCGCCACCGCCGCCACUGAUGACGGCAAGUCACAGCAGCCGUCGAAAUCGCCGCUGCCACUGCUAAACGAUGGCUGCUAUCGUCUUUGCCGCCAACAACAAUAUUGCUCAACACGCCCAAAUUAAUAAUAUUAUUUGACCUGUGGACACGUCUGUGUUCCGAGCAGACAUUUUUUUUUUUUUUUUAGUGGACAAAUUACUCUAUCCCUCUUACCCCCUCCCCUAUUUCUCGCUCUCUCUCUCUCUAUCUCUAUCUCUCUAUGUCUCUUUUUCUCCCUUUUUUAUUAUUAGGUAUAAUUAUUUUUAAUAUUAUCAUAUCGUAUAUAUAUAUUAUGUAUAACGUAUGUAUAUUAUAUAUAUAUAUAUAUAUAUAUAUAUAUAUAUAUUAUUUAGUAUAAUAACGUGACCUAUUUUUGUUUCAUUUGUCUUACUCCUCUGUCACCGCCGAGUCGAAUCGCGCCUGGUCGUUGUUGCCACUGAGUAUACGUAAGAAAGAAAACCUAUUCUGCCUAAAAAAAACAAAAAAAAGAAAUCUAGUGAGAUUAUUGUUUUUUUUCUUCAUUAUUAUUAUUAUUUCGAGCAACUGGGGCUAUAUACAUUACGAUAAAAAAUAUAUCACAUAAUAUGUAUAUACGAUAUACGAUAUAUAUAUUUUAAUUUAUAAGUCUGUCUAUUAUCGUACGUUAUAGUAAUAAUUAUUGUAUACUAUCGUGUUAGGUGUUGGAAAUUUACAGUCCGCAUAUUAUCGUGUGUAAAAUCGUUUUUUACGCAUUUUUUUUGCGUUUUGUACAAGUAUUUUUUUCGUUUUAAAUUUAUUUAAGACACGUGAACAGAUAAAAAAAAAACAUUUUUUUCAGACGAAACAAUUUUGAUAUAAAAUUCAGUUGUGUUUUUCAAAAUGUUUUGAUGUGAUACCUAUGUAACGUUUGUUUUAUAUAUUUUGUGUAAUGAUUUAAACCACAUGUGAUUAUUAUUAUUAUUAUUAUUAUAAUAAUUAUUUUUAUUAUUAUUAUUAUUAUUAUUUUAUUAUUAUUAUUAUUAUUAUUAUUAUUAUUAUUUUGUACGAAACACGGCCUCACGUGCCUUAGUAUUACGGGACCAGUGUAAUUACUAAUAAUAAUUAAGAGAUUAUAUACGCUCUCGUGUAUAAGAAUAUUAUCAUGUUUACGUUACAAAAAAUUGUAUACUGUUUAGUGUUGUAUAAUAUAUUAUUAUAAUAAUGAAAAUAAAGGUUCCCGGUAUUUUUAUGUGCCAGCAAAUACAAACGAA